ACAAUAUAAGAAAUCGUCUUUGCCUAUUGACUGUAAGCUUACUAUAAUUUAUAAAAUAACAAAUUUAUAGAUUUAUAGAUAGCUUAUACAAAUUUUAACAUGGCUUUAUGAAUAUUUUGAAUAAGUAUACAAAAAUGAAAUAAAGAAGUUAUAUUCUCUCUUAUCUUUUUAGUAUGCUUGGUUCGAGUCACUAUUGCUAUUGUGUUUUAACAUUUAAUUGUAUAAAACAAAAGAAGAGAAAAAACUCGUUAAAUAAUGAAUUAAGGCGAACAACAUAUUUUUUAAAUAUUGGUAUUUAUUUUUAUAGAUAGAGGAUGAGAGGCAAUUACUUGGUACAAUUAUAUAAAUAAGGCAUAUAUAAAUAAAUAUUAAAAAUAAUUCUUAUAAGAGUGGAAUAAAAUUAAGAAUUUUUCCAUUAUUUGCAAUAAGUAUAGAAGCAUUCUACGAAAUCUGAUAUCUCCUACUCUCUAAAGUUACAAAUUACACAGGUAUAUUUAUUCUUAUUUUUAUUGAUAGAAAAAAAUUAUAUAUUAAAUCAUUAUAACAAUCUUGCUGUUCCGCCGAACAGCAAUGAGAAAUAAAUUUGUAAUAAAUUAUGAAUGUGAAAAUUUUUAUAAAAAUAUUACAGCAAGUCCUGCCUCUCGCAUCUUCCCGCAAUCCUUUCGUCCUGAAAUUUUAUUCUCUCGGGUCGUCAGAGAACAUAGGCCUCGAUUGUCUCUAAGCGCGUUUACCGCGAGACUCGAUCGAAUCGGGGUCACAGCCGGUCACCGUCGAGCCCCCCGCUCCAUUGAAGGGAACGACGGAUUUGUCGAGCGUUUACUACGGCGCGCCCUACGAUUCGUCGUGGGAGCAACGAUCCCCAUUCACCGUAACGGACGCGCAUUGAUGACGCCAUGUUGAACCAUCGCUUCUGGUCGGAGAUCCUCGUGGAAAUCGUUCGCCGUGAAAUUCGACGCACGCGCUCGCGUGCUUACGCGUGAUAAGAUUAAUAAGAUCAUCGACGCAUACGAGAGAAUUGUUCGUAGUGCCGAGGGUAUUACCAGCAAUUACCAGUGGGCGGGUGAUCGAUCGCACGGUUGGCACCGUGGACCGUGGCACGUCGUCUCCCGGAGUGACUCUGACAGAUGGUAAACAAGCGAGCGACGCGAUAGUACGUCUGCGAACGUGGAGACAGAUCCUACGGACAAGUGGCAAGCUGGAAUCAAAAGAGGUCGUUUAGUGCCGUCAGUUCAAUUCACCAUCUCUCUGUCUCUCUUUUCCUCGCAUUCAGACGUCGAUCGCGAGCGUCAGCGAGCGUCGAGUGGGAUAUGUCCUUCGCUACCGCGGCCGUGGGACGUGUGAUCGCCGCGGUAAUUAGCGAGAAACUGCUGCUGUAAUUGCGGAUUCCGCGACGUGUACGGGCGCUGCCCAUCCGCUGCCUCCUCUCCUUUGCUAACCUUCCCGAGCAAGCGACGCGAGCCGUGAACAUGGGGAACAUGUGCAACGAUUGCAUGGCCAGAGUGCCGUAUGCAACUCUCAUCGCAACCAUCAUGUGUUGCCUGGGAGUUGGAAUCUUCUGCGGAACUAUGUACAGAGGUGCGACGCUGUGUGCUCUUAUGAUGGAUCAGGUGUUUCAUCUACGUCUUGGGUGGUUGGAAGCGGUGCAGCUAGUGUUUGCAUCAAUUGGCGCUUGCAUGGCAGCUUUAGGAUUCAUGAUUUUGUGCGUUGGUUGUCUCGCAACUGGUGCUACAAGGCACAAAGUCUACCGUGCAUGGAGAUCCCGAGUGGGUGGACGCAUCUCCUGUGCUGUUUUUAUGACUAUCAUCUACAUCCUGCAAAUAGCUUGGCUUCUAAUAUUUGCAUUCCUAGUUAUUACUACACUGAUAUUCACCAUAUUUUGGAAUAUGUGCAGCAAUCCACGUGUUCAAUCUCUUGACGACUGCAUUGACUUUACUCAAUUUGGUUUCAUGUUUCCAAACAAUACACGGAUAGAGGAUAUGAAAGUGUGCGGACCACAGGAAGUCAAGCUGUUUUGUAAAGAUUUUGUAGAGAAGGCUGAGGUGAUGUUUAUCCUGGCAACUGCAGCGAGCUUGCUCGUGAUUCUAAGCUUGAUACACUACCUGAUGUGCUUAUCCGCUAACUACGCGCACAUACGAGAUCACGAAAAGUUUCAAGAGCUGCAGGAGCUGCAGUAUCUACAGGAUGCGACCGAUCCAGAUUCCCCUCAACCAGGAAUGGGCACACUUGGCUCUCAUCGCGGUAAAGACAGGUUCUAGGACACGGCCCGCGAGAUCUUCACUAUGAACCCCCUGUAAGGAGGCCUCAUCCACACUUGUCCACGUAGGUCGUCCUUACGUCCGAUUGGAUAUCUCUUCCGGAUAUCACUUCCUCUUCUCUAUGUACCUAAUUCGGUAUUCUGCUCAUCGCGGUGUGUCUGUCGCCGUCACGGUAGUCUACUGAUUCGAGGAUCUUGCGGGAAUCAACUCUAUGCCGUCCAUUUUAUCUUCGACUGUAAUCAUAUGUAAGCAUUUCUUAUGUAAAAAAGAUGUUUAUUGACACACAUACCGAUUUUGACGCACGUGAGAUUUCGUUGGAGAUUUUUAUCUCCAUCACGCUCGAUCCAAAUCGAGAUCGUUCGCGGAAUUUCGAUCUACAGAGCGUAAAUUGUACGCGACGAUAUCAUUCCAUAAAUUCGUACUCGUAAGAAAAGUCUUUGUAUUUGAAACGUAGCCAACGUGUAUGUUUGAAUUGUGCGUGAUUUUAACGCACAGAUUUUUACUUGGAAGUAUUGUUGUAUUUCACUUUUCAAUGUACGCACACGCGCACGCUGUAUUGUGCGUAAUAAUAUUAUAUGCAAGUGUUCACGACUUUAGAUCAUUUGCCGGUCUAAUCUUUCGGUAUUAGGGCUCUAAUUUUCGAACGAUAAGUACUGCGUACUAUAUCUUCAGUACUGAGAUUUUUUUUAUACGAAAGAGAUUUCUUUUAUAUAUAAUAUAUACAUAUAUAUGUUUACACACAUGCUAGGCUACUAAGCAUAUAUUUUCGUUACAUUACGAAUUUUUAAAGCACACUGGGAAAAUUAUAUUAGAUUAAUAGACAAUUAUUAAUUAGGAUAUAAAAAGAAAACAACGACUGCAUAUACAUUGCAAUUGUUAAAAUAUGAUUGUUAAUCGAAUUUUUGUUGAAUAUUUUCCCAGCAUGCUUAAUAAGAAAUAUUCAUGUCGUUUGUGCAAUUGUAAGAGAAAAGUUCAUCUUUCAUAUUAAGCCUUUUAUGGAAAUGUUACAGGAAAUGUAACAUUGCAUAUAAAAGACUAUCCAUAUAUUCGUAGAGUCUCUCUUUAUUACUUUCGUAUACGUAUAAUAUCAACUUGUUGUGAAAAGAGCAAUAUAUUUUUCCGAAUAGUAAGAGUCCCGCUAUAUCAAAUAUUAGUAAAGGGAACGGAAGUUAUACAUUCUUCUAUGCACGUUAUUUGUGCCAAAGUAGAAAAAAAAUGAAUUUUUGCUCUGAACAAAGAUCUAUGUCUUAUACAACACGUUGAGGCACAAAAAUAAAACAAUAUACGUACAAUCACGAGGUUCUACUCGUCACAUAUUAUUACUUGCUCAAAUAAUUUGACAAUGACCGCUGAUUUUCUUAACGUGUGCGAUUACCGGGUGGAAAACCUUGUAUGUCCCGCAACUUAAAUUAGAAAUACGAUUUUUUACCUACGGUAAUUUUAGAAUAUUUUUUUUUAUUAUACACACGUGAUGAGUAAAAUUAUACACAUAUCAAAUGACAAUUUGAAUAUAUAAGGAGCUGUAAAAGGUUUGUAUACAAUAGAGAAGAAUAAAACGGCACGCAGUAUAUAUUUUGUUUUUAAGAAGAAAUCUGAUAUAUUGCGCUGUAAAAUCUACGUGCCGUGUUUUCAUUCAAAAGUAACUACGAUGUAUAUUCUAUUAUAUUAAUGAAUAAAAAAAUAUUUCCCUCUUA